CAGAGGAGAUUAAGGCGGGUACUUGGAGGUAACCUGGACCGUCUUUUUCUGCUCUUAAUCUGCAUAGGCGGUGGUACAUACCUUUGAGCAAGACCCUUUCCAGAUGGGAUGCGAUCUCAAUCCCACAAAUUAGCCUUCUGAGUCGUAUUUCUCAUUCAGCAGAUCACAUCGUACCUCUUAGGAUGGAUCUCGGCAAGGCAAAGCUGCUUCGGACAGGUGUCAAUACUCUCCACCAAGCCAUCCACCCCGUGCACGGGAUAGCAUGGACCGACGGCAAACAGGUCUGUCUAACGGUUCUCUACUUCAUCAAUGACCAGGUGAAGUUUGGUGACACCAACGUUAUCGGGCAGUUUGAGCACGUCUUUGGGCUCUUCUGGGGCCCGCUGUGUUGCUUGGAUUCCCCCGCAUUGCUGGCUGUUCAACACAAGAAGCACAUUACUGUCUGGCAACUGCAGCUCAGUGCUCUUGAGCAGAAUAAGCUGUUGUGUACCCAGACGUGUGAGAUGAGCGAGCCAUUCCCCUUGCUCUCCCUAGGCUGCGUCUGGCAUCCCAAGGUGGACAUUCUGGCUGUGCUGACCAAGAAGGAUGCAUCUGUGCUGUUUUCUGUCAGGGUGGACAAUAGGAGGGUCAAAGCAGACAUUAAAGGUAGUGGACUCAUCCACUGUGCCUGCUGGACAAAGGAUGGCACCCGCCUGGUGGUGGCUAUAGGUAGUGCUCUUCAUUCUUAUGUGUGGAAUGACAUUCAGAAGAGUUUGACCGCCUGCUCCUUCUGCCCCAUCUUUGAUGUUGGAGGCUACAUCUGUGCCAUUGAACCCACUGGAGAGGCUCAAGUAGCUGUGGCUACAGAGCUGCCUCUGGAUAAAAUUUGCGGGUUAAACGCAGGCAUGGCCUUCGACCUGCCAGCAGAAGCAGAGUCCAUGCGAGGUCAGGGCUCACAUGUGAUGUUGGCAGAUGAUGACAACCUCCUGGACUCCAGAAGAAGAUCAUUUGAUCGGUCCUUUAUGCCCAUCUCAGGACCUCUAGACCUUACCCAUAUCUUGGCAAAGCACCGUCGCUCUGACCCCAGCCCCCUUAUCCACCUGCGUCGCCGCGACACUAUCACAGGUUCUGACCAGGAUUCCUCAUUCCUCAUCCUGGUCACCUAUGAGCGGAAGGUUACCACCACCCGAAAAGUCAGCAUCCCAGGAAUAUUGGUGCCGGAUAUUGUGGCUUUUGAUGCUCGUGGUUCCACAGUUGCAGUUGCUUCGAACUCUUGUAACAUGGUGCUUGUGUAUUGUAUCACAGCCUCUGCCAUGCCAAAUAUCCAGCAGAUCUCUCUCCCGGCGAAUGAGAGGCCCAAAGGCAUCUGCUUCCUCAAUGACAAGAUACUGCUGUUGAUGGUGGGGAGGCAGAAGUCCAAUGAUCCAGCCUUCCUCCCAUCGUCUAACACAGACAAAUAUAUUCUACAUCUAAUAGCCAAAGAGUUGAUGUAUGAUGGCGAGCAUCCUGCCACGCCACCUGUCUCUGUACACCAUGCUGAAUCCACUUCUAAUUUUUGUGCAGGGAUUAGAAGGCAUUCAGAGCAACUAUCUAAGGAUGACAGGGAGCGUUCAGGGAUAAAGGACUUGGUGUUGCCAGGCGGAGCAGUAUUUCGUUCACCAGGCAGAAGGCGUAGGGUAGUGGAGCUGGUGGGGAACGAGGAGUCCAGCCCCGUCGCUGGUUCUGUGGACUUCUGUGAUCGAUCGUCAGACAGGGCUCAGUCCAGUUCCUCCUCCAUCACGGUAGAGAAUUUUGAUAUGGACCACAUCAACCGUAUGACCAGCCUGGCAGUGGCCGGGCAGGCCAGCAGAGAUUCCAGCAGAGCAAGUUCCCCUCACUUCGAGCCGUCAGACAAGCUUCUCGGGGAGCCUACGGUGGCAACACCUUGUAAAACGUCCGGUGCUGCAAAGGACCGUGCGUUAGAGCAGCUUGUUCACAACAUGGAGAGGCUUUUUAAUCGCUUUUCAGAUGUACAAGAGUGCCUGGCAGAAAUCAGAGAUUAUACGCAGAAUGGCAAAAAGACUCAGAGUGUCUACCCGAAUACCUCUGAAGUCCCAUAUGUCAACGUCACGUGUCAGAAGCAAUUAUCGGAAAAUGUGUUUAUUGAUGAGCGGAGGCCAGUCUUGCUGUGUGAUGGGAAGCUGUGUCUACGUGCCCUUCAGGACCUCUUCGGUCUGAACAUUGUGGAGAUGAUGCACGGCCCGUUGUGGAUUGUACUUGUGGCUGAUGCGGAUGGUUUUGUACCUCUGACGUUCAAGCCAAAAGAGGAACUUACUGUGCGGAAUGGGAAGCGGAAAAGUACCCUACGAGCGCCUGGUAGCCCGGAGAACUCGUGCCCGUCCAGCCCAGUGCCGACUUGCAGCCCCAGCACAACCACAGAGGCCUCCACGUAGCACCUCAACGCACAGCACGGAUUCUAACAGUCGCACAAUUUGUAUAAUACAUGUUUCAUUCCAUAUUAAAUCAACAAAUACUCCCUGCUCUUCGAUCUCUGAUUUUAAUUAAAAAAAGAAAUUCAGCAAAUAUUCCAUAGUUAUAAUAAUGGACGAAUCCAAAGUAUAGCCAUUAAACUUUGCAUGGUGUGUGUUACAUUUUGCCUGAGAAUGGCAACUGCUUUAUUUUUGCUGUUUUCAUUUAAUACAUAAAACAAUGACAUUUUUAGUGGUAGUUAACAAUGGCCGAUAUCAAUUCAAGAAUCAAUGGUUAGAGAUGCUGAAAACUGUCCAGGUGCGGUUAAAAUGCCCCACGUCAACUGAACUGUGUAGGAGAUUUGAGAUGUUUCAAAUGCACCUGGGCAAUUUUCAAGAUCACUCACCAUUGAUAUUUUAAGUGCUAACAAGUGUAAAUAUUGUUGAUUACUGCAGAAAAUGUCAUUGUACUAUGUAUAAUAUUUACAAAGAUAUGAGACAUUGAAAAUAGCAAACGAUAAAGGACACGCAAAUUCCAGGCAAAAUGCAUCACAUGCCAUUAAAGCAGUCAUAUCUCGGAAACUAUCUGGAGUACUGAAAUUUGAGAUUUGUUAAAAUUUCUAUAGAUCAAUGCCAGCGCUAUCGAUGAGCCACUUCGGUAAAUGCUAAGAGAAAUGGCACUUGGCUAAAAAUUUGGAUUUUUUUAGCUAUAGUGGUUGUGACCUUUUUCUUGGUCACAAACGGUUCUCACGAAUUACCCUCUAGGUGUGAUCAUUGGGGUAAAUAUCUACUCAGAUGCUUUUGAUGACAACUUUGGUAAGUAAAUUUGGCUGCUCAUGUGGCUCAAGACAUGAUGCACCAUUUAGCCACAUUGGCUACGAAUGAAAAUACAGUUUUUGCUCAGUAGAACCUUUGCUAGUCAAAACCUGAGAUCAGAGUGUGGGGAACUCUAAAUUUUUGGAGAUUUGACAUGGAAUGACCCACAUCUGAUAACUUAAUGCAGAGCUCCAUAUGUGGUGGGUUUUUGCUCGUCUACCGACUUGAGUACAGACAUUUUCGUUUUAGAGAUCAUUGUCCUGACACAGUCGUUCACAUCGAGUAACCGUAUGAACUUGUAUUAUGAGUAAUAAAGAACUGAUGUACGUGCACUUCAGAAAUGCUCACA